CAUUAAUUCUUAACUCUAAGGCCUCAAUAAUAACUCCCAAAAUGCAAGCCAAACCCAUCCACAACACCCCACCCUACAUUAUUCCUCCUCUCAUAAGGGCAUCUCCGGUUCACCAAGCUUCCUUGCCCCAAACACUAACCAAACCAAAACCAAUAACCAUGCCCAUACCUAAUACAGAUGUUUUGGUACCGGAUCGGCCGGUUCCGGUUCGACCGUUUAUAGAGCACGAUGACUCUAUAGAUGCUUCAUGGGACUACAAUUUCUUGUUUAUGUCGCAAAGAUCGGAAACAAAUCAACCUAUCACCCUUCGUGUCGUGGAAGGUGCAAUACCGAUCGAUUUUCCAUCUGGGGCAUACUAUUUAACCGGUCCGGGGAUUUUCAUGGACGAUCAUGGAUCCACGGUCCAUCCGCUAGAUGGACAUGGAUACCUAAGAGCAUUUACUUUUGAUAAUGUGAAUAAAAAAGUUAAAUACAUGGCUAAGUACGUUCAGACUGAAGCACAAUUAGAAGAGUACGAUCGAAAGACUGACUCGUGGAAAUUUACACAUAGAGGUCCAUUUUCAUUAUUAAAGGGUGGGAAAAGGAUUGGGAAUACUAAGGUUAUGAAAAAUGUUGCCAACACUAGUGUGUUGAUGUGGGGGAAGAAACUCUUGUGUAUGUGGGAAGGUGGAAACCCAUAUGAGAUUGAAUCCGGUACGUUGGAUACGAUUGGGAAGUUUAACAUGAUGGACGGUUGUGAUAUGGAAGAUCAUGAGGAGAAUCAUGGUGGUGAUGUUUGGGAGGUUGCUGCCAACUUAAUAAAGCCUAUAUUGUAUGGAAUAUUUAAGAUGCCCCCAAAGAGACUCUUGUCUCACUAUAAGGUUGAUUCUAUUAGGAAUAGACUACUUACUGUGUCAUGCAAUGCAGAAGACAUGUUACUUCCACGAAGUAAUUUUACAUUUAAUGAGUAUGACUCUAAUUUCAAGUUGGUAGAGAAGCAAGAGUUCAGAAUACCAGAUCACUUGAUGAUCCAUGAUUGGGCUUUCACAGAUACCCACUACAUACUAUUCGCCAAUCGCAUUAAACUUGAUGUACUAGGGUCAAUGGCAGCAGUAUGUGGUGCAUCUCCAAUGAUAGCAUCAUUAACAGUAAAUCCAAGUAAGAGUACAUCACCCAUAUACUUGCUUCCUCGCUUUCCAAACAAACUUGAAGGGCAAAAAAGAGAUUGGAGAAUACCAGUUGAAGCACCUUCACAAUUAUGGCUUCUCCAUGUUGGUAAUGCCUUUGAAGUUAAACAAUCUCAUGGCAAUUUGGACAUCCAAAUUCAAGCUACUGCUUGCUCUUACCAAUGGUUCAACUUCCACAAGUUAUUUGGAUAUAACUGGCAAACAAGACAAUUGGAUCCAUCCAUAAUGAAUGUCAAAGGUGGAAAUGAGUUAUUGCCUCAUCUUGUUCAGGUAUCUAUAAAAUUAGAUUCAGAUUACAAUUGCCAAGAAUGUGAUGUGAAGCCUAUACAAGAAUGGAAGAAAUCAUCAGAUUUUCCAGCUACAAAUCCUACAUUUUCUGGCAAGAAAAACAAAUAUAUCUAUGCUGCAACAACCUUAGGAUCUCGCAAAUCAUUACCAUCUUUUCCUUUCGAUAGUAUUGUGAAAUUAGAUCUUGUGAAUAAUUCUGUACAUACUUGGACUGCUGGAAGUAGAAGAUUUGUUGGUGAACCUAUUUUUGUUCCCAAAGGUCAAGAAGAAGAUGAUGGCUACAUUCUUGUUGUUGAGUAUGCUGUCUCAAUGCAGAGAUGUUGUCUUGUUAUCUUGAACCCAAAAAUGAUAGGAACAAAAAAUGCCCUCGUUGCUAGACUUGAAAUUCCGAUGAACUUAAAUUUUCCUCUAGGCUUUCAUGGUUUCUGGGCAGCUAGUGAAUCUCAAAUUUAAAUUAUUGAAAAUUUUCUUUUAAAGUGAAAAGGAUAAUUGUAUUCAAUAUUGUAAUUAUUUGUUUAUUAAUUAAAAGCUAUGAGCAUUUGUCAAAAACUUACUGAUUAGAUACAAAUAUUACAUGAGUUAAUUUCCUA